AUGGAGUUCUGGGACGUCGAUGCGGACAUGUGUGGACGGGAGUGGAUGUUCGACAACUACUGCCCCCUCCCCACACCACCCUACUGCCCCACCCUACUACCCCUCCCCUCACCACCCUACUGCCCCACACUACUGCCCCCUCCCCACACCACCCUAUUGCCCCUCCCCACACCACCCUACUGCCCCUCCCUACACCACCCUAUUGCCCCUCCCCACACCACCCUACUGCCCCUCCCUACUGCCCCUCCCCACACCAGCCUACUGCCCCUCCCCCACCACCCUACUGCCCCUCCCUACUACCCUCUCCCCACACCACCCUACUGCCCUCCCCACACCACCCUAUUGCCCCUCCCCACACCACCCUACUGCCCCUCCCUACUGCCCCUCCCCACACCACCCUACUGCCCCCUCCCCUCACCACCCUACUGCCCCUCCCCACACCACCCUACUGCCCCACCCCAUACCACCCUACUGCCCCUCCCCACACCACCCUACUGCCCCUCCCCACACCACCCUAAUGCCCCUUCCCAACACCACCCUACUGCCCCUCCCCACACCAUCCUAAUGCCCCUUCCCAACACCACCCUACUGCCCCCUACCCACACCACCCUACUGCCCCUCCCCACACCACCCUACUGCCCCACCCUACUGCCCCUCCCCACACCCCCCUACUGCCCCUCCCUACUGCCCCUCCCCACACCAGUCUACUGCCCCUCCCCACACCACCCUACUGCCCCUCCCUACUACCCUCUCCCCACACCACCCUACUGCCCUCCCCACACCACCCUAUUGCCCCUCCCCACACCACCCUACUGCCCCUCCCUACUGCCCCUCCCCACACCACCCUACUGCCCCACCCCACACCACCCUACUGCCCCUUCCCACACCACCCUACUGCCCCCUCCCCUCACCACCCUACUGCCCCUCCCCACACCACCCUACUGCCCCUCCCCACACCACCCUACUGCCCCUCCCCACACCACCCUAAUGCCCCUUCCCAACACCACCCUACUGCCCCUCCCCACACCACCCUAA